AUGUCCUCGCGUAUAGUACCGAACAUCCUGGAUCCCCUCACCUCAUCCGCGCUGAACAAACUGCACGAACCAACCCCUCCAACACUGAAGCGCAAGAGAAGCGACGAUGAUGAGAUCAACAAUUUUGCUGGCCAGCUUGCGACCCCUUCAAUUGUCAUCAGAGCCCACGCAGCCUCUCUAUCAGAUCAACCUUUAAUCCUUGAGCCAAUAACUACCCUCCCCCGCUUCCGCCUCCCCCUCUCCUGGUUAGACGAUACACCAUCCUCCCGCUCAGACGAUGAACCAGGCGGCCUCUUCACAGCGGAUAUCCCGACGCUGGAAGUUGACCUAGGUGCCAAAGCUAUACCCACUGUUCUUGCAGUCCGUUUACUUGCCAAUGGCACUCUUUACAUUGUCGAGCGUGUAAAGAGGGGUAUGUACUCGCUCUCGAAACUCGCGCGAUGGGUUCAUGAGGGUGAUAUUGUCGUUGCGGGGAAGGGUUGGGCUGAGAUUGAGGGCAUGGAUACAGAUAUGGAUGUCAAGAAGGAAGUUGUUAGGCAUGGAAUCGUUGACGAAUCUACUGUCCUGCCGGAUGGGUUUGACUGGUGGCAAGCAGCUCAGAUUGACGAUCCAAUUUGUAGCAUUGAUAUGAAUGUGGGACCUGGGUACAAGCCUGCGCUGGACAUUGCGCUUGUCUUUGGUUCGACUGAGGCUAAUGUCGGUGUUUCUGGGGGUUCGUUUGUUGGGGUUUUUGAACAUCGAAGUCAUUCGCUUGCGCCGUCAAGGAGCUUUGAUGCUGCUGAUGGUGAUCCGUUCGUUACUGAAUCCAAUGGCGUUGCGGAUGGCGGGGAGGCUAUGGACGUUGAUGGGGUUGAGUCUCAUGUCGUUGAUAUGCAGCAAUCGCCUGAGGAGCUUUUGGAUGGGAUGCGGGAUCAUUAUUUGCAGGCUCUUUAUGUUUCAAAGACUUCUGUGGCAUACUUUGCUAAGGGCCCUUUGACGCGCUGUCGAAAUGCUUUCCAGGCGCGGGUUACGGAGCAAUCACAUGGAUCUGCGGAGCUUGUUGAAUUCUAUCGUGAGGCUAUCCUUGCAGCCAAGAAAAUGGAUCUCAAAUACAGAGAGGCAGUGCCAUCAGCAGUUCGUGACGCUGUGCUAGCGGACUCUGAUGAUGGUGCGAAAUCCAAGAAGCGGAAGAGCAAGAAGAAGAAGAAGCUCGGUAAGAAUGGUCUAUAUCCUGAGGAGGAAGGGUUCAUCCAUCGGUGGUGGAAGGAAAGACUCACGAACGAGUCUUCAGCCCUGGAGUCACGCGAAGCAGAGUCCAAGAAGCAGAUUUCUGAUCUCAGGCUUCGUGAGACCCAGCUUCAGAUUCUGUUGAUUCUGGAAGUCAUGGUAUUGGAAAUGGGCAUCGCCUCAGCAGAGAAGAACAACGCCGACAAGGAAAAAGAACCAGAAGGCGAGAAGCAAACACCGAAGAAAUCCAAGGCCAAGAAAUCUCAGGAUUUGAACGUGCUUCUCGAACUUCACCUCGAUCGAAUGUGCAUUUGGCAUGCUGUGAGCAUGGAAGAUACAUCUGCCGCCGACACGGCAAAGGCUUCCUCUUUCAGUACCAGCCAUAUGUCAGGCAAGAAAGUCGAAAGUGAUGCAGUGCGCGACUUUUGCACGGAAGUUAUCAUUCCAUUCUAUGCUGCGCGUGUCCCUGACAAGUGCAAACUGAUCACACGCAAAUUCGGUGUAUCUGGCGGCAUCUCCCCUGUCUCGAAGAAAACGCAAUCAAGCAAAGCGCAUCGAGUGGAACCUGGUGCCGAAGUCAAGCGACAGCAGCCAGCACAGAAGCCUCGGCGGACAUUACAGCGUGUGCUUACGGAUGAGAAAGCGGCAGCGUCCCAUGUCCGGCAUCCGGGACUAAGUCGUUCUAAUACCGCCCCGUCACAGCAUAAUAUGAAGCGCGAUAUAGCGGAACCUUUGCUGCCUACUGUUCUGAGCGGCAGUGUCCGAGGUGGCAUUCACAAAGCGAAGCGUACGGAAAACCGAGAGGUUGACCUGAAUGCUGUGGCGCGACAGCAUGAGACCAAGUUGAGAAAGGUCCAGAUGCUGGUCGACCAGAAGAAGGAGCUAGAUGCUGCUAUUCACGCGCUGCGGAAACCAAACCGAGAGCUCGUUUCCAAGGAUAUCGCAGACGAUGCAGUCAAGCGCGUCACAACCAGUGGAGGCAGUUCAAGGAAGUCAAGGAACCCUGUUCGCAAUCCGUUCGGUGAAGGUGUACAGGUCAUGGCAACUCCACGAGGCAAUCGAAGGAAAGAGAUGGUAGGUCUACCGCCGCUGCCUCGCAGUCUGGCCCCGUCGCGAUCAUUCGCCGGUGUGGAGAACUCUCCUCUCGGUGAGUCUCCGCUCAUGGUUCCCUCUUCAAGUCGACGGGCGAUAUCCUUCUCUGGCGCGGAUUCCGAUCCUUUCAACCCGCAUGACGGUCUCAAUGGACGAGGUCCGCGAUCCAGUCAGCCCGACGGGGCUGUGCAUGAAACUCCCACAAGGCCCUCUUCCACAAUCUUCCAGAGUAAAAGUGGACUCGGGGACUCCAUAACUGCCUGUCGACCGUCUUCCUCUUCUGGAAAAGGUCUCUUCCGGGUACCUCACCUCCCUGCUCCCCGCUCUAUCAACGAAUCAAUGGUGCCAGGUACACCUGUCCAUUCGCGCCACAAGACUAUUUCCACAUCGACGGAGACAAUGUCCUCAUCUCAACAGCUCAGUUGGUCUCUGACCAAUGCGCGAUCUUCGGCGAUCAUGGAAACGCCCCCCAAAAAGCGUGCACUGCAAGAGACACCCACUACCCCCUCUAUACUAUUCCCAAAAUCUCCCGACGCCAUGGUUGUCGAUCCUCCUCGGGCUCACUCUCCGCCCGCUGUCAUGGGCACGCCAGUCAAAGGACCUGCGGCUGUACCAGUGACACCCGACAAAUCGCAGUCGAAGUCGAUAUACGAGCAACUUGGCUGGGAUGAUGAAAUGGACUUUUAA